AAUGUACUGCUGAAGUACGCCAGCAGUAAAUUACUAGUUGUCCCAUACUGGUUUUGCUCAAUGUGCCAGAGCAUAGCACUAAAAGUUUAAUAGGAGCAAAAGUUCUUCCUCCUCCAUCCAACCUGGACUACUCAUUUAUCCAAAUCUGCACCCUGAACUGGACGUGGAACCCCCCAGAGAACAUCAGCAGCAGCUGCAACCUGGAGUAUUCCAGCGACAUCGUGAUUGAUGAAGUACCUCAGGACAAAAGAGAGUGGAGUAAGAGUCGCUUCCGUGUGACAGAUACAUUCUUGAAUGAGGAAAUGCGUUUCAAAGUGAGAAGUGAAUGCAAGUACGAUAACACCAGCGAGCCCAGCCGAUGGGUGGAGACCUCCCUUCUGCCAAAAGGUAUUCCAGGUACUGCUGCUGUUGACUUGAGCUGUGUUUGGCACAACUUGGAGUACAUGGUUUGUAAAUGGCGUCCUGGGGAGAACGCAAGCAGUGAUACCAAUUAUAUGUUGUUCUACUGGUUUGAUGGUUUGAAAAACUGUAAGAAGUGCAGCAACUAUUCUAUGCAUCAAGGAACCUUUGAAUGCAUUUUCAAUCUUAGCUUCCCAAAAGUCACCAGUACUUACCCAGCUAUAAGUAUUUUGAUUAGAGAUGAUUCUGAGGAAAUUAGGCCUGUGUGUGCCAGUAAAAAUCCUACUACCCUUGUAAAACCUGCUACACCAAGACGAGUUACACUGUCAAAGAUAAAUGAUGAAAUAUAUGUAGAAUGGAGUGAAUCAGACACCUUUCCAGAAAAUUGUUUAUUUUAUGAAGUUGAAUUUCACAAUGGUGAUUUGGACACUGCUCAGAUAAUUAAAGUUGAAAAUAAUUAUACGUCAAUUCCUACCGUUGAUCCUAAUAGCAAGUACAUCUUCAAAGUGAGAGCAAAACCAAAGCCUGAGUGCUACAGCAGCAAGCUCUAUAGUGACUGGAGUGAAGAAAAGAGUAUUGGUGAGAAGAUGGACAAUACGGUCCAUUUUGUUUUAAUAAUCACCAUUCCAUUAAUAGUAGCAGUAUCUACGAUAAUUCUACUGGUUUAUCUCAAAAGGCUGAAGGUAUUAAUUCUUCCACCAAUUCCAGACCCUAGAGAAAUUCUUAAGCGGAUGUUUGGAGAGCAGAAUGAGGAUGCCCAGAGCUGUUCAAAAGAUGAUUCCAUGAAUGUUUACGACAGGUUAACUAAGGAAGAAGAAAUUCAUUCUUUAAUUUUAACAGAAACUCCAGAGUGCACUAAUUCUGUAACAGAAAACCAAUAAACUGUGCUUUACCAGUGAAAGAUGAGGAAACUUUGAUCCCUGCUCCCGUACCUCAGGUGACAACAUAGGUGUGAAGAGGCCUGCAAGAUAUUCGCCAACUUUCACCUUACUUAAUCCUCACUGAGUCUUAAUUCUCUGAUGCUCAGAAGAUGCAUGACUAACAGUGGCCGUUCCUUAACCUCUGCUAGAAAUACUUGUCUUGGAUCAUUGAAGAUGAGCACGUACAUAAAUUUCAUGUGACUGCAUUGGAGCAUCUCUCGUUGUGGCUCCAGCCAGCUCUGCCCUAUUACUUGUCAUUUGCACUCGUGUUUGUGCCUCGCGUUAGACUGUAAAUGGGUUUUUUUGGAGCAAGCACUAUGACUGCUCUGAAGUAUUUGGCUCUAUUUUGCAGCAGGUGACAUGAGGCUUGUUUACAGUAGAUGGCUUAUUAGUGCUACUAUGUGGAACUGCUGCCAGGUAGGAUGCCAGAGCGUGGGCUGUUUGUGGAUGGCCCGUUCCGUGUGCUCCAGGACGGGGCAUUUCCAGAGAGCAUUUAUGGACUCGCCUUCUUAUGCUUCUGGUUAAUGCGCAUCAGAUGUGGCCUGGUCAAACCCUAUGAAAGAGGGUUGUUUUUUCUUUAAAAAUGUGUCUCUGCUUUCCAGCUGGUAUUCAGACUAUUCUUAGAAAAGGCAUAGUUUUUUAUCUUUUCAAGUGCCUGCACUCAGAUGCCUUGCCUUCAUGGACUUCUUGGGUUAAUUACACUUUGCUUAAAAUUAUAAACAGAAUUUUUUAACCUGUGUUGUGCGGUGGCAUAUGACUGUAUUGAGUCUCACUAGACUAUGAUUCUACUUUGGCCAUAUUGGCCUGAAAACACCUGAUUUUUGGAAGCUAAGUCGUCCUGAGAUUGUCCAGCAAAAUUACCAGGAUGGAUGCAUGAAUCUAAGGAGCUGUGGU